UUUGGCUCCCCUAUGCCUAAAUCAUGGUUCCGCCCCUGGGCACAGGUGCUUAAAAAAAUUCGAUUUAUUUUUCUAAGCACCUUCCUAAGCAUCUAUAUCGUUGUACAAGGCCUAAAAGGCUAAUGCUUGUAAGAUUAGCUGCAUGCAGCCCACGCCACACAACGGCCGCCGGCGACGGGAACGGUCGGAUCUCAUCUGGGGUCGUCGCGCGUGUACCCACCCGAGGAGGAAGAAGAGCACGCAGCCGCGGCGCCACGUGCGUCGCCGGCUCGCCGCACCGCAAGCUCGCCGUCGAGCCGCUGGCCCCACGCGGCAGCCAAGCGCCUCCGCCCGCAGAGCCGUCCGGCGCCAGCCCCAGGGUCGAGCGGAGAGGAACCAGGCCCCGCCGCCACCCACACCGACCGGUAUUUGCCCGGCGGCGCCUUGGGGCGGCAGCAGGGCAGGGGGACCGGGAGGAGAAGCGAGGGAAGCGGCGGGCUAGGGUUUUCCUCCGCGUCGCUCCCGGGAUGGGAGGGGAAACCGCCUCGUGUCUUGCCUCGGUCGGUGUACAACUCGGAUGCGCCGGUCCAUAUAAACCGUCGACGACUGCACACAGCGCGCCUGACCGGCGAAAACACACCCUAUGGGCCGAGCUCGGCGUGACCACGGCUCUGCAACGAGCAAGUCUGAUGCGGCCGAUGGAGCAAAACCGCCAACUGGAUCUUCUACAACUCAUGUGAGGCAGAGUGUUCUGUAUUCGGCCCGAAGGGGACCUCGAGGCAGAAAAGGACGACCGGUGGAGGAGCAUACAGGUGAGGUGAGCAACAGUGAGCUUGGGCAUACAAGUGCAGACCUGUCACAGUUUGAUGCCCUGACGCUGAAUACCACACCUCCUACACUUCAAUUAUCUGAUAGGGUCGAGGAGCAUUCUACCGAGGUGAGAAGCACUGGGCCUAACGGUACAGGUGCAGACCUGUCAAAAGAUGAGGGCAUUUCGCUGAAUGUCACAUCUCCUGCAUAUGAGUCAACUGAUGGGGCUGUGGUGCAUGGCAGCAACAUGGACAUCGGUGUGCCUGAUUCUAUAAUUGAGAAGCAACCAGCUGUUCAGGAAGCAUUAUCCCCGAGGUCAGAAGAAAGGCGGCGGAGAAUAAAUCAAUACCUCGCUGAACAUACAUAUAAUGACGUCUUAGAGGCCAUGGUUGCUGUGAAAAAUGGCUUCUGCAACCCACCCAAAAAGGUUUCCAACCCCAACAAGUCAUCGGAAAAGCUUUCCUUGCCUGAUUCACCACAGUCUCCGCAUCGACUGGAUACUCAAUCCUCGCAGACAAAAAUACAGUGUGGAGAAUCUACAAAACAAAUCAUUAAAAACGGGAAACUAUGGAUGGAGAAGGAAGUCAUGAAGGCUUUUAAGAAGUGCAUCAUAGAAGGGGAGGGAUUGAGAGGUGUGAAGUUUGAACUAGACGAGCUUCUGCACCAGUGUUUCAGUGUGGAGACACAUGAGAAGAUGUUCCACCACUACAACUUCACGGUGAGGAUGAAGGAAGCUGGCUCAGACAAGUGGUCAUCAACUCUCUAUUUUGCGCAAGUGAAGGAAAUGUAUGGUCGAAAGUUUUAUUUCUGCUAUCCACUGGAUCCAAAUGAAGAUGGUAUCUGUUAUGCGUGCAAGAAUCAGGGGAUGGAUGCAUUGCGGCACCCUGCCGUUCAGUGGCGGAGCUACAUAGGAAUAGUUGGGCGGGCCAGGCAAACAAGAGCAUAUUUUCUUUCAAAAUUACAAUGAGUCAUGCUACUUCAUUUGACAUGAGUCAGUCCUCAACAUAUUUUUAACUGGAUCAAACAGAUGUAUACGCACGACAAGGCUGUCGUUCCUUGGCUGUGCGAAUGUGCGAUGGAUGGUGCUGGCCAGCUAGUGGCCGCUGUUGCUUCC